UGAGUGUGUAUUCAAAAUAUAAUUAUGUCCUACAAGCUACAGCCGCCAUUAGAAAGUGAAGUCAAACAGGCAACAAUUUCAACGAUGACCUAUGGGUAAUCUCGAGUAGAAUGAUGGCAAGAAGUUGUCGUCAUCCAGGUCCAGGACUAUUCAUGGGUUUGAGACCUUAAAUCGAUUUAGCAUUUAGUUAAAUUACUGCACAAUGUGGUWUGGUGCAACAUUGGAUGCCCAGUUUGGUAACGUAGUGCACAUUUCGUGCAUAGAGAGAAACCGACCAAUAAUGUCGCUGCCUUCCAAGCUUCAAGUUCAAAUCAUUGGACGCAUAUGCAGCGGUUUGAAGCCGAUAAGGAGAUUGAAUAGAAAGGAGAGGCGGCACAUAUAGUAAUUUCGGUUCACAAUCCGUGUGGAUGUAUGACACUUAUUUAUUGAAAUCGACCGUAGGGGAAAGUGUCGUUAAAGAGAAAACGAGGAUGUGAUUUCCCACUGGGUGAAUUUGAUAUUCAUGGGGGUAAACUCACCCAGUCCUACUUUUCCAAGAGCCCUCUUGAAGCAUAUGGAAAAGAUCUGUGUAGGGGAGUACAGGAGGAUGGCUGACCGUCUGGACUAUUUCAGUGAAGCUCGGUCCAGACAAGAAUCGGCUUCCUAGCCGUCACUUCUCGACCAAAGCCUAAGCCCCUCUCAGACACACUCCUGCUUCACCAGCUCCCUGAAAUCAAUGCUACACUAUUUAUAUCAUGGGAUGCGUCAAAUCCAAGAAGAGCGAUCCGACCCAGUACGCCAACUCGGUGGAGAAGGUGGACGGGAAGCGAUGGGGCGAGAAUGCGCUGCUGGUCCACUCGGAGACGGGGUCAGGGAAAGACUCUGCCCGGGUGGACCCCAUCCUGCUGGAGUAUGCCCAGCGGCUGUCGGAGGAGAUUGUGGCCCGGGCAGUGCAGCAGUGGCUGGAGGUGGACAGCCGCUACAGUGACAUCCCCUACAUUGAGUGUGACGUGCCAUGAGGGGGGGCAGAGGCAGUGCAAGAGGCAUUUCUGUUCUGGGAUUCACCUUGACCCUCUGGGGAGAGGAGGACAAAUGGAUGCCCAGAAGACAGGAGACCAGACAGCACUCAGAUUCAGGGUGAAACAAAACACUACGAACAUGUACCAGCUGGAGAUGACAAGAUGUUGAUCCCAAUCUAUGGUCCAAAGCCAUUUUUCUGUUUAAUUAAUACAUACUUGGAUGUUGUAACUCAUCUGGUGACAUUUUGACCUUGACUAACAGACAAAGACCUUGGCUACUCCUCUCAUAUUCAAUCUAGACCAUGUGCUUCCCUCUAUCGUUAGCUAGAGGAUGAGAGUUGGGGUGUGUUUGGUUAAACCGGCUUGGGAGCCAAUAAAGCAGGAGAGUAUCAUUGAAUCCUGGUUUGAAAAUUACCGGUUCUGCCUUUCAGUAAAAGUAUACCGUUUUUUUUUUUUUUUUUGCUUGACGCGUGCCACAUCCUGGGGCCAAAUUUCAGGUCCUAUGUAGGAAAUUAUUAAUUGGCCCCUCAAGUGUUUUUCACUUGAAAUGUUUGCUGGGGUCAGCAGGUACACACCUCCCUCUCUAUCUGUCUUCUCAGGCAGAAGCUCCCAGGUUAGGGAUAUUGGAUAAUGGUGUCCCAGGGGGCCUGUGGUCCACAUCCACCAACAAAGGAAACUCAUUCUUCAAACUACCCAUGAAGUAGGUCCGGGACGAUACCAGUAUCGCGAUAUUCGUUAGUAUCGUGGCAAGGAAACAAAACAUGAAGCGAAUUUAACUUCAGCCCUGAUGUUGGAAACAAAAAUCAUUAUGUUGUUAUCCAGAGUCCCGUUCAUUUAUUUUCCAAGCUAUAGCACACAAUAUUUUACAUACAGCAGGUUUUUAAAGGACCAAAGAGCUUCGUGUUUUCAUUUUUGCCAUGGAAAGAAUAUCGCGAUACUGGUAUCGUCCCGGCCCUACCAUUAAGCAGGUCUGCCCACGAGCUGCAGCAUCCUAGGACCUGACUACGGUCACUUUGACAAAAUGAUGCUCGAGGAAUGUUUUACAGAGGUUCAGCGUCCUCCCAUUUUGUGAAUUUGAAUGCCAAUGACAAUAGGACAUUCCUGAGGGCUGGCUAGGUCCGCAUGCCAUGAGUAAAUCAGGACAUUAGGACGGAUUCACACACUUUUACCGUGACUUUUCUUCUGGGCACAAAAAGUGUGCUGGGUUCACAAAUACCUUUUGUUUUGGCCAAAAUGUCUAGGACCAAGCAGCCUGGUUUUUACGUACUGUCUUCUAUCCAAUGAUGAACUACUGCCAUCUGCCCCAUAGAAUUUACAGCACAAAUAUGCAACUCUAAAAGGCCAUGUUAUUUUUAUUAAGAGCAAAUGGCUUCUUAAUAGUACGAUGCUAUUUUAACAGGCCAAAGACACACAUACUCACAACAGAGAGUUGAGUUGUUUGGAAUAGGGGACCACAACUGCCAAAGUCCUUAAUGAAUGCUAAUACAAGCACAAUAUGUUUGAUGGGCUUUCUUAUGACGUUUAUUUGAUAGAAGGCGAUAUUAGUGAGUUUUAGUCAUAGCACGUCAGUUCCCACCCUACCACAAACGAUGUUCAAGAAGCUUUAAAAGGUGCAUUAGGCUGGGCAACAUGGUACAUUUCCAGAGCGUUAAUUAGGGUGCUAUUGUAUACACCACAAAGAACAAGUGGACAUUAUUUGACUGGAAAAUCAAGUUUUGCUGAAGUUUGGAAUUGCUGAAGUUUGGAAUGUGUAUCUCAAGUGAGAAUUCAGCUGGCAGGGCAUUAGGUUUGCUCAGCAAAAAAUGUGGUGGUGUGCUUUAAAUGCGACACCAAAAAUCCAUUCUAGUUAAAAGCAACAAAUACUGUUUAUAAUGACAUUUGCACUAAUCUGGGUUGAGAGAUUAAUCUCUUGAACCAUCCCAAAAAUUCUGUAAACAAAUUUAAAAGCCUGUCGAAUGCCUCCGUCGAAACAGUUUGCGCGUAUAUUACAACAACAUUUUGACGUUAUUCUUUGUUUUGUCUUUUUUUUUUUUU